AUGUGGAUCUCUCACUUGGACCGUUUGCCAACCAGAUCGAGAUUGAUCUCAUGGGGAAUGCAGAUUUCUCCACUUUGCUGCUUAUGCUCCUCUGCAACAGAAACAAGAGAUCACUUGUUCAUGUUCUGUGGUUUCACCAUGCCUAUAUGGACGUCAGCUCUAGCUCGGCUUCGCCUUCCUCCUGCACAAUUCCAAAGCUGGGAUGCUCUUAUGUCUUGGACCAGAGUUUCAAGUCAAACUGCUCCAUCAAUGCUAAGGAAGCUCGUUACCCAGUCCAUCAUCUAUGCCACAUGGAAACAAAGAAACAAUGCCUUGCAUAACUCUUUGUUCUUCCCACCUGCUUCUAUCUUUAAGAGUAUAGAUAGGGAAAUCAUAAACUCUAUCAAUGCUCGCAGGCAUCGAAAGAAUUUUCAAAAGCUAAUGAGCUUCUGGAUUUCUUAA